GAGCAUGCGCAGUAAAAUGCUGCUGCGCGGCGUGUUUUCCACCAUGUCAACCAAGCAGGAUUUCCAAUAAUCGGUCUGAUGUUCGGGGUUUGAAGCGCAGACGGGACGGAGAAGCUGCCCGGGAGAGGGACGCUGGAGCCGGGGACGAGUGGAGCAGCAGCCGGCCGGAGCUGCUGAAGGAGCGGACUGUGUGGGAAAGAGAGCCCGGGCCGCGGCAUGGGGCGCAGGAAACAGGGCCGGUUUGUGCGGCCUGACUGUAAGGGCAAAGACAAACGGCACAAAAUGAAGGGGAAGUCUUUGGAGACCUUUACUGAAGAAAUGCACUCUGCUUUUGAAGCCAGUCUUCACCUGGAGGAGGGAGCAGAGGCCCCGCAGGUCAAGCUGCCUUGUCCCCUGGCCAUGUGGGAGUUGGGUCACUGUGACCCGAAACGCUGCACUGGCAGAAAGUUGGUACGGAAGGGCUUCGUACGCAACCUGCGCCUCAACCAGAGGUUUAACGGACUCAUCCUGAGUCCGAUGGGAACCAAGUACGUGACGCCAGCAGACAGACAGAUUGUGGCUCAGAAUGGACUUGCUGUAAUUGAUUGCUCAUGGGCCAAACUGGAGGAGACGCCCUUCAGCAAGAUGGUUGGAAGCCAUCCCAGGUUGCUUCCGUACCUCGUCGCUGCAAACCCGGUCAACUACGGCAAGCCCUGCAAGCUAUCGUGUGUUGAAGCCUUCGCUGCCACUUUCUGCAUCGUUGGGUUUGAGGAGCUGGCGCUGCUCCUGUUGAAGAAAUUCAAGUGGGGGACGGUGUUUCUGGAUCUCAACAAGGUUCUUCUUGAGCGCUACGCUGCGUGUCGGACUGAGGAGGAGCUGCUGAGUGUCGAGAAGGAGUUUCUUACGUCUAAACCGGAAGAGGAGGAGUUCGAUCCGUUUGAUGUUAACUCCGGAGUGGAAUGCAGGAAUCUCAACAGACCUCAGAGUGCUGUGGAAGAUGAUGAUUCCAGUGAAGACAGUGACACAUCGGAAGAUAACGAAGACACUUCAGAGGAUGAAAACACAGAAAUCAACAAUGAGUCAGCAGUUUUACAUCAUGAAGAUGAAGACUGAACAUUUUCCAGAAAGGACUAGAAACAGUUUUAAAACCUAUCUAGAUUUUUAAAAGUUGGAAUACUGUAAAUAAACGGAGUAUACAACAAUUU